ACAGCUAGUAAGUAUUUGAGGUGGGAUUCAAAUUCAGGUCUUCCUGACUCCAAGGCUAGCACUCUAUCUACGCAGUUGCCUGAUUCAGAUGCUAUGAUUCAGAUGCCAGAUCAGAGCUAUGCAACAUUGGACAGAUACAUUGGACUCUACAAAUUACAUUGUAGCUAUGGGUCUUGUGUACAUGUUAUAUACUCCCUAGAACAAUAUAACUUGAGGGCCCAAACAUUUCUUCUUGUCUUUAUAUCCCCAGAGUCUAACACUGUCAAGUACAGGAAACAUUUUUUGAAUUGAAUUUGUGAACGUCUACAGGGUGGGGCAGGAAGAUUCAAGUAGGUGGAGGGCAGGGAAAAACAGGCAUGAAGGUACUUGUAAGGGAAUAUAGAAAGCAGGAGGCAAAACACCUGGAUUAUCACUCCUUGACACACCUGGAUGACUCCCCUUUGACCCAGCUGAAAGGUCAGUCUUAAGUCUCUUUCCACCAAGCUUUGGUCCUCCAGGACCCCCAACAGCUUCACCAUCACCUCUUGGCCUGCCUCAGGAAUAGGGCCCUUCCCUUCUUCCACCAGCCACUUGUGAACCAGCCUGUUCUCUAGCGAAGAAAGCUGAAACUGAAUCUUGCCUUGCCAGUACAACAGGUCUCAGGUGGGGAGGAGCCUGAGCAAGUCUAGAUCGUCUCCUUCCCAGGCCACUCUUCUUUAAGGCCCACUCCAGACCCGCUUACUGGUCAGGUCUACCCAGCCUGCAGCGGCGGAAAGGCUAUCCAGACAAACUCCUCCCAUUCUCAUCCCCAGGGCCCAGCAACACCUCCAGCCUUUGGAAGAAGCCCAGCUCCUGGACUUCAGGUGGCGGCACCUAGCACGGAACCCUCUAGUUGUAGGAGCAUCUCUGAAUGUCCGGUCCCUCUACGAUCCUACCAUUCUCAAGCCAAAAAGCCCCGAUUGCUCUCGCCUCCAGUAUCACCGCCAUGGCGGGGCCACAGGAAGUUCUGAACGGGAGGCUGCGGCUUUCUUUUACUCCUGGUCCACGAACCAGCCUCCUACUCCUCCGACUCAACGACUCAGCUUUGCGUGCGCUACAGGACUGUCAGCGGAUACAGGCCCAGCCUGUGAUCGCCUUCCAGGGCAACCGAGGGUACCUUCGACUUCCUGGCUCUGGCUGUUCCUGCCUCUUCUCUUUCAUAGUGUCCCAAUGUGGAGCAGAUGGGCCAAGAGGUGGACUGGACCUUGUGUGCCACCGCUUUGGCAGGUCUGGACCAGGCCUGCUUUGGUGCAUAGGUCCUCUUCGAGAGCGAAUUACUAUCUGCUCUGCUGUAGAUUCUGUACCAGUGUCAUCUUCAGUUCAAGGACAUCAGCAAGAUGAAGGUGCCAGGGAAACAGGGAGCCAACAGGGCAGUGGAUUGGAUACAGGACCUCAACCACAGCUAUUAGUAGAAGAGGUGCCAGAUCCCCUGGAGAACAGUCAAGAGGAACAGCCUAUUCCAGGAUCCUCAAGAGACCAUCUGGCACAGUGGGCACUGAGGGACCAGAGCCCUCAACCCACAAAGGGGCCAGAUCAAAGACCCUCUUCCUCCUCCAGCCAGAGGCAUUUGAACACGAAGCGACACCCCUCCCCAGACGUAACAGAACCAGAGGACAAGAGGCCCAGAGGUCCAAGUUCCCCACAGGAACUUCCCAGUCAUGAUCCACAAGAGGGAGAGGAGUGGGAGAAAGACCACAAUUCGUGUCCCAGAAGGGAACACAACUCCUUAGGACAAGCAGGCCCAGGGUCACUGCUUCCUGGAGAAACACCAGACUACUUCCUGCAGUAUGGAGCCAUCCAUAGUACUGAACAGUGUCGUGUCUAUGAGCAAGAUUUUGAAGCAGAUUAUGCAGAAUAUCGGGCCCUACAUGCACGUGUUGGGGCUGUCAGCCGAAGGUUCAUGCAGUUAGGAAUGGAGAUUAAGAGAGUACAACGAGGCACUCCUGAACACAAGGUGCUGGAAGAUAAGAUAGUCCAAGAAUACAGAAAGUUCAGGAAGCGAUGUCCAGGUUACAAAGAAGAAAGACAGCGCUGUGAGUACCUGCACCAGAAGUUGUCACACAUCAAAAGCCUCAUUCUGGAGUUUGAGAAGAACAGGGACAGCUGAGGCUGCCAGGAAGGCCUCAGGCCUUCUGUCUGGUGAGAUGUUGAUAAACAGGGCGGCUGUGAAACAAAUUAUUUAGGCAUUGCAGCCUUACUUCUGAUCUCACUGACGACUCUGGUGGGGGAUGGGGAGGAAACAGCAGGUGCUGCUACAAAUCCUUGAGGGGUUUGGUUCUCACUGUUACCAGGAUAUUUAUAUUACCCCCUGCUAUCCAGGUUGUGCUGGCAUAAUGCCAAUCCUUUCCAGCUGUGCCCAAGCACUACAGGGUUUCAUCACCCUUGCCACAACUCUGAUGACCCAAGAGAUUAAAACCACCUCUAAGAUAGGAUACUGAGGAAACAAUGGUAAAAACUAAUUUUGUGAUCACCCUAAGAGACCAGAAUUAACAGUUGCUUUACAAACUCAUUUGCCCUCAAACCUACUGAGGAGCAGGACUUGACUAUAGCCCAUGUGGAGAUCAUGGGAAUGUUUGGUGAAUUUCUUUACAAACAUGCUGGAAAACAAAUGA